UAUGCGUUCCGGAAAUAUAUUUAAUUAAGCUUGUUUCUUUUGAAUAUGUUCUAUUGUUAAAAUUAAUUAUUUACUGCGGAUCUAGUAAAAUGAAUCUUAGGAGGCGCUUUAUUACAAGCAAAGGGGGAUUACAGUGCUGAUGUCACGACCGAAGCGGCUUGUCUGUGUCAUUAAAUAGCUCGCCGAAACCCCAUCAAAAGGAUGGGCGCUAUCUGCCUAUCCGCGACAGGAUGAUGAUAUAUAUACCUAUAGGUGUAGAUGCCUGCAACAUAUUACUCCGCAGGACCAUUGAGGAGACGUUCUUCACAACUGAAGUUUGUGCGACUACGGACUGUGACUUGAGCGGACCUAUCUCGUAGUACCUCAUGUAUCUUUACCUUGCAUUAUAAAUACGUGUGUGGAUACGCUGGAAUUUAAACCCGCGUUACUUUCAUGUUUUGAUAACAAACUUGUACACAGUUAUCUUCAUAUUAUUUAAAUCUAAUUUAAGAGUUUAAUUUCGGUCGAUAACUUAUACUUAGAGGUGUAUUAGCCCUCCAAAGGACAGGAAUUUGACAAUACACCUCUGUAUAGGUCCAUAAAAAACAAGGUACCUGCAUAGGAAUUUUGAAAACACAUAUAGCUGACAGGUGUGCGGUACAGUUUGCCCUGAGUUCGGCAAACAAAUCUUACGUCUCAAGUACUUGUACUCUAUAACAAUAUAGAGUUUUCGGAUUAAAGGUCCGGACAGCGUAUUUAAAACAAAAUGGCUUACGAAUACAGACAUGGUGAACAGAUAAUAUUUCUUGUACUUGUGUUCUCGUGUUUAGCAGCGGCAGGAAAUGGGAAAUUUCUGGAAAGAUUUUGUAAAAUUAGCUGCAAUCGAGGAAGAGGAGGAAAUCUGUGUGGUUGUAAUGGAUUCCAUUUUGCUGGAAAGAGAACAUCAUAUUCAGACAUUUCAGAAAUUCCAUCUUCAAAUUCUCAGAAGAAUUAUUUAAAUGACUUAAGCGAUAUUGAAAACAAUGGCGCUUACGAUGUGGAAAACUUGGAAAAAACGCCGUACAGACAGAAAGUCCUUUUACCAGUAUCAGAUGAACUUCCGCUAGAGCCUAAACGUCUGGAGAAUGUUCGAGUAUUCAUACGAUGGCUUCUUCACAAAUUAGACGAGUCGAGGUCUGCGAACAGACAGGGCUACAAGUUCGAUGAAGGAAGCGACGCCCUGACGAACGGCAGAAACCAGUAGAGAAUGUGUGCGCAUGCUUAGACGGAAAGAGAUUCUGGCGACUGCUAUUUCCACAAGAGAAAAAACAAAACGCUGACAAAAAGGAAACGAAAAUAUCUUCAACGUUGUGGUGAAGCCAAAAAAUAUUAUUGUAUUGACUUUCCGUUAUGUUUCUCUAAAAUGGGUGAAAAUAUUUGAUGACGCGUCAAAUAUUCAAAGGCUGUAGCAAAUAUUAUCAAAGAUCUAUAUUUCUAUCAAGGGGCUAAUGACCUUCUUUCCAUCAUAUUUUAAAGGACAUGCAUAAUACAUACCAUACAUAUUACAUACCAUCGUCUUCUGAUUGAGUGAAAUAUAUAGAAUACUAAUAGUGUAUUAGUGCGGACGGUCAUUUCAAAUUUAAGAUGCAUUUUUACUUUAAUCUGCAUAGAAACUGAUGUUUUCAGCUGUCUUCACUGAAGUAGUUGAAAGUGUUAAAAUACAACAUAUUGGGGAAACAGAGGUAAAACGUAGAAUUUGGUUAAUUUCUUACUACGAAUAGUGGUCAUAUAACAUUGUGGAAAAUACAAUUUUAACCAAAGAGGCGUCUAGGCAUCAUUGAAUAUUUGUUCAUUAAAAAGCGAGUAUAACUUUUAACAUUACAGAUAGACCAGCAUUGUUUUGUUAACAUCUACCUAAGAUUUUGACGCCUACGUCACGAGUAUUUGUGUAGGCAUAUUUCCAUAUCAAGCAAUACCGGUUGAGUAGGUCCUGGAGUUUGCGAUUAAACACUGUCACCUACUUGUAUAUUUUGUAUGUGAAUAAUGCUAUCUCUUAUAUUUGAAAUCCAUCGUACAUUUUCUCGGUGUAUACUGUAAUCAUAUGGAGUUAAACGCAACACAUUCGACAUGAAAAUUGUCCAAAAUGAAGAUAUAUUUCUGGUUUAAAAUAAAGUUGA